GGCGGCGGCGGCGGCUCAUGGCGGCGACGGAGCUGAGAGGAGUGGUGGGCCCCGGGCCGGCGGCCAUCGCGGCUCCGGGCGGCGGCGGCACCGGGCCCGGCGGGGGAGGCGGCGGCCGCGGAGACUCCGGGCCGGGCGCCGCCGUGCCGGGCGCCGUGGCCGCGGCGGCGGCGGCGGGCGGCCCGGGCCCGGGCGCCGGGGGAGUGGCGGCGGCGGGCCCGGCCCCGGCGCCGCCGGCGGGGGGCUCGGGCGGCGCGGGCGCCGGGGGCUCGGGCUCGGCGCGGGAGGGCUGGCUCUUCAAGUGGACCAACUACAUCAAGGGCUACCAGCGCCGGUGGUUCGUGCUGAGCAACGGGCUCCUGAGCUACUACAGGUCAAAGGCAGAAAUGAGACACACCUGCCGCGGAACCAUCAACCUUGCCACAGCCAACAUCACUGUGGAGGACUCCUGUAACUUCAUCAUUUCCAAUGGGGGGGCGCAGACCUACCACCUGAAGGCUAGCUCUGAAGUGGAGCGGCAGCGCUGGGUGACAGCCCUUGAGCUGGCCAAGGCCAAGGCUGUGAAGAUGCUGGCAGAAUCAGACGAGUCUGGAGAUGAAGAGUCUGUCUCACAAACUGACAAGACAGAGCUGCAGAAUACCCUCCGGACCCUCUCCAGCAAAGUGGAGGACCUGAGCACGUGCAAUGACCUGAUAGCCAAGCACGGCACGGCGCUGCAGCGCUCCCUCAGUGAGCUCGAGUCCCUGAGGUUGCCUGCGGAGAGCAACGAGAAGAUCAAGCAGGUCAAUGAGCGGGCCACACUCUUCAGGAUAACGUCCAAUGCCAUGAUCAAUGCCUGCAGAGAUUUCCUCAUGUUAGCUCAGACCCAUAGUAAAAAAUGGCAGAAGUCACUACAGUAUGAAAGAGACCAGCGUAUCCGACUGGAAGAGACCCUUGAGCAGCUGGCAAAGCAGCACAAUCACCUGGAGAGGGCCUUCCGAGGAGCCACGGUCCUGCCUGCAAACACUCCGGGCAGUGCCGGCUCGGGUAAAGAUCAGUGCUGCUCGGGCAAAGGCGACAUGAGCGAUGAGGAUGAUGAGAAUGAAUUUUUUGAUGCUCCCGAGAUCAUCACCAUGCCUGAAAAUCUGGGCCACAAACGCACUGGCAGCAACAUCAGUGGAGCCAGCAGCGACAUCAGCCUCGAUGAACAGUACAAACAUCAGCUGGAAGAGACCAAGAAAGAAAAGAGAACUAGAAUACCAUACAAGCCGAACUAUAGUCUCAAUUUAUGGAGCAUCAUGAAGAACUGCAUUGGCAAAGAGCUCUCUAAGAUACCCAUGCCGGUGAACUUUAAUGAGCCCUUAUCCAUGCUUCAGCGCCUCACUGAAGAUCUGGAAUACCAUGAACUGUUAGACAGAGCUGCAAAAUGUGAGAACUCUCUAGAACAGCUCUGCUACGUGGCGGCUUUCACCGUGUCCUCCUACUCCACCACCGUCUUCCGUACCAGCAAGCCAUUCAACCCGCUCCUCGGGGAGACUUUCGAGCUGGACCGAUUAGAGGACAGUGGGUACCGGUCCCUCUGUGAGCAGGUGAGUCACCACCCCCCUGCUGCUGCGCACCAUGCUGAGUCCAAAAAUGGCUGGACGUUGCGUCAGGAGAUCAAAAUCACCAGCAAGUUCCGAGGCAAAUACCUCUCCAUUAUGCCCCUCGGUAGCAUCCACUGUAUUUUCCAUGCAACUGGGCACCACUACACCUGGAAAAAGGUUACUACAACGGUGCACAACAUUAUUGUGGGCAAGUUGUGGAUAGACCAGUCUGGUGAAAUUGAUAUUGUGAAUCACAAGACGGGAGACAAGUGCAAUCUCAAAUUUGUUCCUUACAGCUACUUCUCUCGAGAUGUAGCAAGAAAGGUGACAGGGGAGGUGACAGAUCCAUCGGGGAAAGUUCACUUCGCCCUUCUGGGAACGUGGGAUGAGAAAAUGGAUUGUUUCAAAGUACAGCCGGUCACUGGGGAGAACGGGGGUGAUGCCCGCCAGAGAGGCCACGAAGCAGAGGACAGCAGGGUCGUGCUGUGGAAGAGGAAUCCUUUGCCGAAGAAUGCCGAGAACAUGUACUACUUCUCGGAGCUUGCUCUAACUCUCAAUGCCUGGGAAGGUGGCACUGCCCCCACAGACAGCCGGCUGCGGCCUGACCAGAGGCUGAUGGAGAACGGACGCUGGGAUGAAGCCAACGCUGAGAAGCAGCGCCUGGAGGAAAAGCAGAGACUCUCCAGGAAGAAGAGAGAAGCAGAAGCUAUGAAAGCCACAGAAGAUGGCACGCCCUACGACCCCUAUAAGGCGCUGUGGUUUGAGCGGAAGAAGGACCCGGUUACCAAGGAGUUGACUCAUAUUUAUCGGGGCGGAUACUGGGAGAGUAAAGAAAAGCAGGACUGGAACUCAUGCCCAGACAUUUUCUGAGACAGCGGGACAAAAGGAGGAGGAUCCAAAGGCGAAGAGGACAGAGGAUGUGAGGGAAGCAGGCGCUGUGCCUCUCACCGAGUGCUUUCCUCAAGUUUGUCUGUCUUAACCAAUCAUUUUCCAAAUCAAUCACCAGAAGCAGACACCAGUGGUGGUGAUUGGCUGGUUGCCUUAGCUGAUUGAAACUGAAAUCGAAAUACUAGAUACCUGUGUUUGUGAGGAGCGCGCCAGAGGCCGGUGGCAGUGCUGCUCCACUGCUGCACAGCCCAGUGUUCUUCUCCCUCUGCCCCCGUGCGCGAUGCCGGCGCUCCCCCGCCCCUGUCGUUUCCUGCUCAGCCAAGACCUGCGUCAGUGUGAUUCAGGGGCAUUUUGGUGCUGUUCAGAGCAAGAGCUGAUUUUAGAAGCUCCUUUAAAAAGAAACAUGAGAGACUCAGCAGCGGAGGCUUAGUGAGCGGGUGCGGCGAGGCGGAGGCCUAGCCUUCCGAAGCGUGUGCGCCAGCGGGGCCGUCCCGUGGGGCGUUCGUGCACAGACCGCUGAGGGACCCGAACACUCGUGAGAGAGCUUGUUUGGAAUAUUAGUUGCAUCCUGGGAAGCCUCUGUCUUCACUUGCUAAAACUUCCUCCCGCUGUUCUUCAUCUUCUUUGACGGCACCGGAGGCCACUUUGGUGAUUGGUAGGAGGGCCGCUAUCCUCACAGAGGGGCUGGACAGACUUCCCGGCCGAGAACUUGUGGGAACACAGGGCAGGAUGGAAGGACUGCUCGCCAUUCCUGCUUUCUGCUCACCCCCCACCCUUCAUCUCCUUUCUGGCUUCUCUCUGCCCUCCCUCCCUCUCUGACUCCCUCCCUCUCCCACGUCCUCCGCAGCCCCCUCCCCCCAUACCAAUUUGGGUCUGUGCCCCAGUGUGGAGCAAAACGCCACUUGUUCCGUUUUGAUACACUUCAGAAUUUGAGAGGAGUUCAUCAAAUAAGAGUUUUCACCAUCUCUCAAGCCCAUGGACUGGAGCCACCUCUGGAAUAAUGUGUUAAAUAUCUGUAUAUUAUAUAUAUGUAGAGAAAAAUCUAAUUUUUUGGUUUGAUUUUCCUUCUUCCCAUUAAGAAUCUUGUGUUUUGAUAUCACUUGUCUCCCUGGGACUCUCUUAGACACUUUGAUUUGGAUCGGAGACUCCUCUGAUGUCCACCUUUUGGGGGGCAGAUGAAUCUGAAACUGGAGCAGGAGGGCGUCAGGCAGUUAGGAGCAGGGGCUUCCCCUGAGGUGUGUCUCAUGAGGGCGCGCUGCUAUCUGAACCCUGCGCGCCUCAUGGCCUGACGUUCGGAGCUCCUGCCCUCUCCUGCCUGUUUUCCUUCUUUGUUAGGAAGGGAUGGGUCAAGAGUUGGGUCAUUUCCACUUUGAUUCUGCCUCUACCCAAACCACAGCACAUGCAGCUGAUGCCCAAACAACCUGCUUCCUAGGCUGUGGGGAGGGGCGAGGACGACUCCUGUUGGGCUCUGGCUUCCGCCGUUUCUGUUCUUGUUUUAGUUGUCUCGUUCAGGAAUCUCACCCUGUGCCGCCCACCCGUGGUUGAGGAUCACAAAUUGAGGUGCCUUCCUUGUAUGCGUUUUGUUAGUAUUUUUGUUUCUGUUCCUUAACUGCUGAGCCUCAGCCGGCGUGGGUCCUAGGGGAAAAUAUCAUUCCAGAGGAAGCCAUCCCUCCAGGGAAACUGGAUUUGUACCUGGUAAAUCAGUGCUCUUACUCCUUCCCCACCGCCCCGCCCUUCCAGCUGGGAUGCCACACAAGCGGGGCCGCUGUCGGGGUUUCCUGAGAACCAGAGAGCCAGCGUGAGCGAGGGGUUAUGCCAGAGCUUCCUCCAAGGAGGCCCCUCCAGUGUGACCUGGGCAGAGUUUAGCUGAAGUGGGCAUUCCGCGGCUCCGUUGAACGUCACUGCUUUCGCCCCCAUCUUGCUCUGCCACCUGCACUACAUUUCUGGCCUGACACCCCGUCAGAUUCCUGCUAACGGAAGAAGCUUUGAGUCCUUCAGGUGAAAUAAAGUCACUUGAAAACAAAACUAUAUAUAUUUUCGGUUUUUUUGCCUUAUUGUUUUUUUUCCAAGAAAAUACUAAAUUAAAUAAUUUUUAAAAAG